AUACGGUGCGUUGUCGUGUACACCAGGAAUAUUAAGCGUGGUGAAGUGGCAGUGGGCUGAGCAAGGUCCGCAGCUGAGCCUCCGAUAAGGAGGCGCACCAGGAUAUGUCUUGACUCAUAUUAUCUUGAACGAGAGGAAUCUUCCACUGGGCAUAUAAUAUUAUUAUUGAUUUCGCCCAGAGGGUAGUAACUACACGACGUUUUAUCGAGACCCAUCGCAAUAGGCCUACCCCGCGGAUGACGAUGGAUCCCAUCAGCGCCAUCGGGAUCGCAGCUGGUGUUCUGUCGUUCAUAGACUUCGCCGGGAAGCUGGUCCGGGGCGUGUACGAGGUAGCCGGCUCUGCCAACGGGGCCGCCGAGGAAAAUGCGCAUAUCGACACAGUGAUCCAGGAUCUCAAGGACGUCACAAAUGCGAUCGAUGUCGAUUUUAGGGGUUAUUCGAAACACGAAAAGGAACUAGCUAAGUUGGCGAGCCAAUGCGGCACGCUCUCGCGAGACCUGCGAAAGACCUUGAGGUCGCUCGAGGUCCAGCAGGGCAACGUGCCUUGGCAGGCCAUCAAAGCAAGAUGGAAGGUGAUCACGAGGAGAGACAAGAUCGAAAGCAUGGAGAAGAGGAUCGACAAGUAUCGGGAUGAAAUCAUGCUGCGACUACAAAUGCUGCUCGUGGACCAGAAUUCGUCCGUCAGGGCUCACCUGGAGGCGAUUGUGAGAGAAGGCGAAAUGCUGAAGAGUCUUACGUCGAAGAGACUCGAAGAAACGCGGGAGAAGCUGAAUGAAAUACUCAGUCGCGAAUCCUCUUCCGUUUUUUCGCAGUCAGAGCAGGAGCAGAACGCCUUGAAUCAGAUUCGCGAUGAAUUGAAGAAUCUCAAGAGCCUAUCCGAAACGGUGACGCAGGAGAACAUCGUGCUUGAAAGGCUGUAUUUCGAUGACAUGUACGCGCGCGAGGACUCGGUCGCUAACCCAAGCGACGGGACAUAUAACUGGAUUAUCGGCGAGGCUUCGGAAAAUAUACCAGUUUCCGUAGCGGGAAGCGGUGCCGGCACGAGCGGCAGCGAUGACGAUUAUAAUAGAGAAAGUGCCGGAGAUUCCAGAGAAGGCCACAGAGAGGAACUUAUGAAUGGGGCUACCACAGACGCUGCGCCAGUGGAGAGUGUUUCUAACGUCAAGAGCGAUACCGACAUCGAACUGCCCAAGAUCGAGGCUAAACCUGGCGCAGACUUCAAGACGAAGGACGACGUAUUAAUAGACAAAACGCCUCCAGAUCAAAAUAAGGUCUCAAAGGGAGGUCAAGGCGAGUAUACGGAGGGCGUAGCCAAAGAAUCUGAUGGCACGAAUGCGGCCCCUAUCCAGAAACCAAGUGCGAUGUCUUGGGUAGAUGAUAUAGAGGGGCCCCAGCGUCGGCAGCUCUCUCGACGCCUCUUGCAAUUUCUCCGCGAAGGUAACGGGACCUUCUUCGUGUCUGGAAAGGCCGGCUCUGGGAAAUCAACCUUAAUGAAAUUUCUCGGUUCUGAGACCAACUAUGUCGUACGCGAUGCUCUGCGAGAAUGGGCAGCAAGUUACAAAUUAGUCUUCGUCUCCCUGUAUUUCUGGAGUGCCGGAUCUCAGCUCCAGCGGAGCUUAGAAGGGUUCUACAGGUCUCUGCUCUCCCAGGUUCUGGCGCAAUGCCCGGAGCUGACACAACGGUUGCUUCGGUCGACGGGGUGGGCCGGCGCAUUCUCGUCGUCGCUCGCGAACCGCCACCCCUUUAGACUCAAGGAAUUAGAAGAGGCAGUGAGAGAGAUAGUUACGAUGGAACAUCUGCCCGGGUACCGCAUGUGCUUUUUCAUAGACGGCCUCGACGAGUACGAAGGAGACUUGAUGGACCACCUGUACCUCGCGCGAUACCUCCGGGAUUGGUCCCAGCACCCCAACGUCAAGAUACUGUGCAGCGCGCGACCCCACGCCGCGUUCAUCGACACGUUUGAUGCAUCCGGGCAGACGAUAUACGUCCACGACUUCACCAAGGGAGACAUCUACAAGUUCGCGCAUCAAAUGCUCAAAGCCGAGCAAGGACUGCGGCCAGGGCAUCUGAAACUAUCAAGUGAAGAGCUGUCGGAUAUCGCCUCUAGAAUUGUGGACCUCUCCGAGGGUGUGUUUCUUUGGGCUUGCCUCGUGGUGCGGUCGUUGGGUAUCAAGAUGGGCAUCUACAAUGCGGACCAGUUGUUAAAGCUUCUUGCGCAGACCCCCAAGAAACUUAACGAGCUUUACAGGGGCAUGCUGAUGAAGACGGACGAGGCGGGCCGGCAGCGAGGGGACAAAAUGCUGGUGCUAGCACUACACAAUCAUUAUAGCUCGCCUCUGGACGCCGUCAUUUUUGACUGGAUAGAUGAACUCGACGAUCCGACGUUUCCAUGUUCCAUGAAGGCGCGUGCACUUGACGAACUCGAGGCACAGAGGAUUCUCGAUACGGUCAAGCGGGAACUCAGCGAUCUAACCGCCGGGCUGCUGGAGAUGAGAGAGAAUACCAGGGGAACGUCCUUUUUUAACUUUAUGAGGCUCAGCAAGGCGCCUCUCUUCUCACAGUAUUGCGUACAGCCCUUCCAUCGGACGGUCAAGGAUUUUCUGCUCCAGGAUUGGUUUGUGGAAAGGACUCGCGAGUCUCUAUGGAGUAUUGGUUGGCCGAGACGAAUGAUCGAUAUGGCCCGCACUUUAGACAUCUACUUGGCAAUGUCGUUAAUCCACUCGUUGAUAUUAGACAUACAAUAAUGAGUAAUAAUGAGGAAAUUGGGGACCAUCUUGUCGAACAUCAUACCCAAGUCUUCCAAGCCUACCAAGAUCUGCUGGACAAGAACGGCUUGGGCCAGUACUCUUCCUUCCCAGCAGCAGGGGAGUUAUAU